CAGCUGCUUUCACAUCCGGGCGGCUCUCUCGCUCCUCUUCAAUCGCAAUCCGCUUCCCUUCCCUGCGCUCUCGACCGGGGAGGUCUGUGGCUGCAGAAGAAACCCCCGAUUCCCGGGCCCCCUCCAUCGGCGUCUGGUACCGGGCCACUGAGGCGCUGCAUCCCCGCACAACCGGUCGCACAUGACGCGGGCUCCGCCGAUGGUGGUGCACGGCGCCGAGCGCUCCCCGUCGGUGCGACAUCUCCGCGCUGAAGUAGCAUCGCAGGCUAACGUCAGCUAACAACAUCGAUCUCUCUCUGCUGCUCCACCCCCCCCCCUCUCCCUCCGGUCGACCCCCGCUGCUACCGAUCCGUCACAUCAACAGUUGAUUGAUAGCUUACACUGGACCACCGAGGGCAAGCCCCCCACCCCCACGCCCCCCCACCCGUCCGUCCAUCGGCUAGCGCAGGAAGCCCACCCGUUUCCUCCCCUUACGUUUUCGGAUUCAGGGCCCGCAAAGAGAGUAUCUUCAACCCGUGAUUUUUAGAUCACCGACCCGCUCUCCUCCUCCUCCUCCUCCUCCUCCUCUGUGGCCUUUUUAGGGGUCCGUUUCCUCUCUACCUCAACACCCCGAUGCCUCCCCGUCCCUGUAUGUAACCUCAGCUGCACUAUCACCCCGACUCUGAUCAGCCCCACCUCCGAGCCCCGCCGACACCGGCUCUGCUGCUUCUGACAAUCCGACCCAGGAGCGCUGCUCGGCGCUCACUUACUGCGGCGAACCCCGGCGGACAUCAGCGGUUCUUUCCCUCCCUUUUCUCUCAGUCUGGCCGCAGAGGGAAGCUAGCUGGCCGGCUGGCUGGCCUGUUCCACUUCACACCCACACAGACAGCAAAACCAAUUACCAGUCUACCCCUACAGCCGCCUCCCCCUCCAGUUUAUCCGUGACACCCCCCCCAACCAGCAGAUCUCCCGUGACACACGCCCCACAGCGCCCGAGCCUCGGGUCUCGCCAUGCCGGGUCCGGUGGCCGGUAGCAAGUCCCGUGUGUACGCAGACGUCAACACGCUGAAGAGCCGGGAGUACUGGGACUACGAGGCCCACGUACCCAACUGGAACAACCAGGAGGACUACCAGCUGGUUCGUAAGCUGGGCAGAGGGAAGUACAGCGAAGUGUUCGAGGCAAUCAACAUCACCAACAAUGAGAAGGUGGUGGUCAAGAUCCUGAAGCCGGUCAAGAAGAAGAAGAUCAAGCGAGAGAUCAAGAUCCUGGAGAACCUGCGAGGAGGGACUAACAUCAUCCGACUGGUGGACACAGUCAAAGACCCAGUGUCCAGAACUCCAGCGCUCGUCUUUGAAUGCAUCAAUAACACAGACUUCAAGGAGUUGUACCAGAAGUUGACAGAUUAUGAUAUCCGUUUCUAUAUGUAUGAACUACUGAAGGCUCUGGACUACUGUCACAGUAUGGGAAUCAUGCACCGUGACGUCAAACCCCACAAUGUGAUGAUCGACCACCAGUUGAGAAAGCUACGCCUUAUAGACUGGGGUUUGGCAGAGUUCUACCACCCAUCCCAGGAGUACAACGUCAGAGUGGCGUCGCGAUACUUCAAAGGCCCAGAACUCCUGGUGGACUACCAGAUGUAUGAUUACAGUCUAGACAUGUGGAGCUUGGGCUGUAUGCUGGCCAGUAUGAUUUUUCAGAAAGAGCCCUUCUUCCACGGACAAGACAACUACGACCAGUUGGUGCGAAUUGCCAAGGUCCUGGGGACAGACGAGCUCUUCGGCUACCUGCGUAAAUACCACAUUGAACUGGACCCGCGCUUCAAAGACCUGCUAGGACAGCAGAGCAGGAAGCGCUGGGAACAGUUUGUGCAGACAGAGAACCAGCACUUGGUGAGUCCUGAGGCUCUGGAUCUGCUGGACAAGCUGCUACGCUAUGACCACCAACAGAGACUGACCGCCACAGAGGCCAUGGAGCACCCCUACUUCUACCCAGUAAUAAAAGAGCAGUCUCUGUCAAACUCCGACAACAACAUGGUUUCCAGUGGCAACACUACGGCGCGGUGAAACGCAGAAGUGAAAGAAGAAGGAUGUUUGUUACCUCAACUUUGUACCCGGUUGUGACAGUAACUUUGACAAGUGUACAGUGACAAUGGAUCAAAGUAACUCUGACCAGUUACACACAGAUAUGUGCAUACGGAUACACACACACACACACACACACACACACACACACACACACACACGCUCACACAUACACACACAUUGAUGCAAGCACACCCUCGAUACAAACAAUACAAACACACAUGCAGACAUGUAUACAUACACCCUCCUCCUCUGUAUCAGUCUGCGAUUGGCUUGUCCUGGUUCCCUGUCCAGCAGCCCGACCAAUGAGCUUGAAGCUGCUCCCCCAUCGUCCUUUUUCCUCUCAGCUCAGUCUCAUGUACUCAUGUAGGUCAACAAGGACAAACUACUUUUAAAGACAAUUCAGUCCCUCCUCCUCUCUAUGUCUCCUUUAUGUCAUCCCCUUUGUUUGCAUCAGCAUGGAGAAUGAACAGGAGUGUGAGCCUGUACAAGUACAAGUACCAACCCCCCACCCCCCCUCCCACCCCCUCCGACCUGUUCAUCCAUCCGUCUGUCUGCCCCCCCUUCCUCCCUCCCCAUCCUGUUCCCCAACAGACAGACAGACGUCUUAGCACUACUCCAGUUCUGAAAGUGGCAUGGUGGACUCUCUCUAGAUAGAAUGAUGAUGAUAAUAAUAAUAAUAUUAAUGAAAAAUAAAUGAUUUUUAUUUAGAUGAA